AGGAGCAGCACAUCAAGCAUGCAGUCUAAGUCUGAAGAGGACAGAACUCACCAGUGGAGAAUGCAGAGUAAGAGCAAGUGCUUCCUCUCAUCUUACCAGCAAGGCGAUUUCUUCAGUGACAUUAGGCCCUAAUUCUUCAGAAUACCAGCAUAUACUGAAGAACAUCUGAGACUUCAAACCUCGUGGACAAAAUCAACUUUAACACCCAAACUACCUCCAGCAGAAAUGUCAGGGGACCUGGAAGCCAAGAGCCGUUACUACACACACACACACAUCAGUGUUCAGAAAUUCUGCUAUGAGUGGACCAUUAGCAACUUUUCAUUUUGCAUGGGGGGAAGUAGGAAAGAGAUUACAAGCCCACUAUUCUCAUCAGAGCCCAAUGAGGAAGUGGCAUGGUGUUUGAGAGUAUACCCAAAUGGAGUUGAUGAAGAAAGCAAAGAUUACCUGUCAGUUUUCCUGGAGUUGCUCACCCACCCAGAGAGCCCAGUUUGGGCAAAGUAUGAGUUCUGGAUCAUAAAUUGCCAAGGAGAGAAAUUUCAAUGUAUGAUGAGCCCCAAUGUCAUAAACUUUCUGCAAAAUGAAAAGAGGGGAUUCGAAAAGUUUAUCCUUCGAGAUCUUCUCCUCUCCAAUCCUUACUUGUUUCUCCCUGAAGACCAGCUCACCCUCUGCUGCAAGGUGAGCAUAGUUGGAGGUUUCUAUAGUAUACCUGGACAGAACAUGAAAACUGCAAUCAAGGAUUCGAGGCACAGGUGGACAGAUGACCUAGGGGAGGUAUGGAAGAAUUCCCUGUUCACAGACUGCUGCCUAUUGGUAGGUGGCCAUGAAUUCAGGGCUCACAAGGCCAUCCUAGCAGCUUGCUCUCCAGUUUUCAGAGCCAUGUUUGAACAUGAAAUGAAGGAGAAG